AUGAACGACGACGAUUUCACGACGCCGGUCAACAGCCGGCAACGGUUCACCCCUUCCGUGCUACGCACACAUGCUGGCAAGCGUGAUUCCCUCGCCGCAGAGCUCGAACGCGACCCCCAGCUUUCGUCCUCAAAGCGCCAGCAGCGCUCGCAGGCGUUCACGUCAACCAUGGUGCACGCAUCGCUAGAGCGUCAGCUCCUCGCCGCGCAGACCGCCAAGACCGAGCUCGACACGAAGCUGCGCGAACGCGAUGCGGUUGUCACACGCCUCCAGAGCGAUUUGCGCUGGCUCUCUGAACGCGAAGCGGCCGAGAAAGAGGAGAAGGAAAAGGAACGCGCUGAGCGCACAGAGGAGAGGACCAAGUACGAAAACGACCUGCGCACGCUCCGCAGCCAGUUGAGGGUGUUGCAGGAGCAGCACGAGGACCUCAAGUCUGCGCACGAUGCCCUCGAGAGGAACACUGACCACACGAUCGAGUCACAGAAGGCCGAGCUUGCAGCGCGUGCCAGGCGUAGUGCAUUGCUUGAAACCGAGCUCGUGGAGGCGCAUCGCGUCGCCGAGGAGCGUGCGCAGACGCUGGCUGGACUGCAAGCGCAGCUGGACGAUCUUGCAGACGCACAGGACACCUCGAUGCAGCACACGUCGGACGACGAGGAUUGGACAGUCGUCCGCGCAGAGCUGCACCAUCAGGCGGAGUACAUGCGUACGCUCGAGGGCGCGAACUCGCGCAUGAGCACGGAGCUCGCCGCCCUGCGAGAGCGUCAAGCCAGUGUCGAAGUGCUGAAGGAACAGAAGCGCGAGCUCGAGCGGAAAGUCAAGGAUGCGGAGAACGUGCGUGAGAAGGUUGCGCGGCUCGAGGCCGAACUUGAGGCUGCUAGACGGGAAAGAGAAGAAUGGGCACAGGAGAACGCACAGCCUUCGACGCCGUCGAAGACGCCCGUAUCUGUCACACAAAGUCUUACUAACCUUCGUUUGACCUACGCACGUUUGCUUGAAGAGCACGGCUCGAAUCUCGCGCAGUUGCGGCGGCGCGAGCUCGAACUCUCCGACGCCGAACGGAUCGCCGAAGAGACAAACUCUGCAUUGGAAAACGCGGAGGCAGAGGUGCGCACGCUGCAGACGGAGCUGCAGCGUGCAGAGCACAAUGCCGAGCUGACAGAUCGUGAAGCGGCGUUCCUGCGGGCAAUGGUCACGAGCUUCACUGCUGAAGAGGCUACGCAGGGUGGCGUUCACGUCGAAGAAGCGUUACCGAAUCGUGUACAGCACCUCGAGACGCUCGUGGCAGACUACAAGAAAACCAUACAGUCGUUGACGAAGGAACUUCGGGAGCUCGGUGACGAGCCCGGCGGCGCGCACGCUCGACAUGAGCUACAGGACGAAGUUGAGCACGAGAAGGCUGCCCGUGCUGAGGCCGAGAAAGCUCAACGAGACGCCGAGGUGGCAAGCGAGAAGCAUCUCGAGCAGAUCGAGGAGCUGGAACAGAAGCUAUUCGACCUAGGGGGCGAGAUAGGCGCAGGCAGACACCUUCCGCCCGGCGUACGCGUACUCUCUCUGCGUGAUAAUCCCGCACAACAAUGGCAAGACCUCAGUCAGGCUGCGAUGGACCGACUGAAAGGAGAGAACGAGGCGUUGCUAAAGCGACUCAAAGAGCUCGAGGCUAGCGGAGCCCGCAGUGGUCAAUCCGGGGGAGAGGAACUCGUGCCACGCGAGAGCUUGGAGGUAGCGAACAAGGAGAAGACGCGACUCGAGGACGAGCUCAGGGCAAAGGACAAGCGGCUUAUGCGGCUGCAGCAGGUCUUUUCAGCAAAGAGCACUGAAUUCCGCGAGGCCAUCGCUUCGAUCCUGGGUGUGAAGCUGGCGUUCUACCCGAACGGCCAGGUACGCGUCACCUCACAGUUCGAUCUCAACGCCGCGUUCGUAUUUCAGCCUACGGGUGCAGCAGGCGAUGGCAUGAAGAUGCAGCUCAUCGCACAGGGCGAUGGCGGUCCCGAAGAUCUCCCGCAGCUGAUGCACUAUUGGGUCGAGAAAGAGCAGUGCAUCCCGGGUUUCUUGUCGAGCAUAACACUGGAAUGCUACGAGAAGAAUAAGAUGGAAAGGGAGAGAGGACAGUAA